AUGGCAGAACAAUUUUCAUCAGAGAUGAACACACUCUCCCUCUCAGAGACAAUGGCAGAACAACAAGUUUCAUCAGAGAUGAACACACUAUCCCUCUCCGAAACAAUGAUCUCACUCAUAACCUCUGACAACGUCGUUUUCAAAGUCAAACCCUCAAUUGCAAAGGAGAUGGGAACGGUUCAAACCUUCGUCGACGAAAGUGAUGGAAAAAUCACAACCGUUCCUCUCCACAAUGUUUCAAGCUCUGAACUUCCCUUGAUCAUCAAGUAUUGUGAAAAGAAUGUCGCUGGAGAGAUCAACAAGGCCUUCGAAGCUGAGUUCGUGAAGAAUCUCGACAAUGAAGAGGUGAAGGAUCUUUUUCUUGCUGCUAAUUACUUGGAUACGAAGAAGCUUCUUGAUUUUACGAGCCAGGUUAUUGCUGAUCGAAUUGAGAACAAGAGUGUGGAGUAUGUGAGGAAGUAUUUUGGCAUUGAGGAUACUGAGUUUUUGCCGGGAGAAGAGGAAAAGCUUCGUGAAGAACUUGCUUGGAGUUUUACAGGAGUUGACAAAGAUGAAGAUGAAGACGAAGAUGCCGAUGGAAAAAUUGAUGGAGAUAAAGUUGAGGAUAAAAUUGAAUAG